AUGAAGCAUCUUCCCCUCCGUGGCUCUGCCUGCCCCUGGAGGAAUGGAGCUCUCCUGUUGCUUCUUCUCCUCUCCUUGGAGCAGACUUCAGCGUCACACACCUUCAAAGUCAAACAAAAAGUGGGUGUGUGCCCCAAGAAGCGGUUGGAAUGCAAAGACAGGGUUCCACACGCGUGCACAACAGACUUCAACUGCGAGGCGAAUCUCAAGUGUUGCUCUUUUGCCUGUGGAAGAGUCUGCAUGGACCCCUAUGAAGAACCCUGCAUGUUACCCUCGGCCACAGGAGACUGCCACCAAAGUUUGACUCGCUGGUAUUUUGACUUUGAGAAACAACAUUGCAGACCCUUUAAGUAUAGUGGCUGUCGUGGGAAUGCCAACAACUUCCUCAGCAAGAAUGACUGCAAGGAUGCCUGCAUGCUAAUUGUGAAGAAGGGACAAUGCCCACUCUUCCCUUUCCAAAUACGAAUGGAGUGCCCGCCCUCCUGUAAAAAUGACAUGGAUUGCUUGGAGAAGGAAAAGUGCUGUGAAUCCAGGUGUGGCUUUGUUUGUGCCAAGGCCUGGCUAGUCAAAACAGGUUUUUGCCCAAUUAAGCCCAUGAUCUGUAUGAAGAUCGAUAAGCCUAAGUGCUUGAAGGACAAUGACUGUCCCCUGGAUGAGAAGUGCUGCACACGCUGUGGACUGAAGUGCUUGGAACCCAGGCACUGAGCAGUAUUAUAGUUUGAACUGGAAAUGAACUCCUGUCUUAGCGUUUCCUUUGCCAUGAUAAAGCAGCAUGACCAAAAACAAGCUGGGAGGAAAGGACUUUUUCUAUUCACAUCACACUCCGUCAUCAAAGAGAAGUCAGAGCAGGAACUCAGUGAAGGAACCUGGAGCAGAAGCUGAAGCCAUGGCCAUGGAGGAGCACUGCUUACUGGCUUGCUUUCCACGGCUUGCUCACCCUGCUUUCUUACAUACUCCAGGAAAACCUGCCCAGGGUGGCGUCACCUACAGUGGGCUGGGCCCUCCCCAUCAACCACUAAUUAAGAAAAUGCACGACAGGCUU